UGUGAAUGAGCAACUGCCAAUAUCUAACCGCCACUACAACCAACGUCAUCUACUGCGAAACCACACCCUUUCUCUGUCUGUCUUACACAUCGUCCGACUUUUUUGUCUACAAAAUUACAAACAUCUCGAACCACCCGAACCAAACAAUUGUUUUUGCGACAGAGUAACCGACACCAUGUCCGCCAAGGUUCCUCGCAACUUUCGUCUACUGGAGGAGCUUGAGAAGGGAGAGAAGGGUCUCGGCGCCGAGGCAUGCAGUUACGGUCUUGAGGACCCUGAGGAUCUUCUCAUGAGUAGUUGGAAUGGCACAAUCCUUGGUCCUCCUCAUUCCGUCCACGAGAACCGCAUCUACAGCGUCAAGAUGCACUGCGGUCCCGACUACCCCGACUUGCCUCCCACGAUCCAGUUCAUCAGCCAAGUCAACCUUCCCUGCGUCAACCCCAACAACGGCGUGGUGGACCCUAGCCAACUCCCCUGCCUCGCCCAGUGGAAGCGCGAGAACACUAUGGAGACUGUCCUCAUCGAGUUGCGAAGAUACAUGGCUUCAUCCCAGAACAAGAAGAUCCCUCAACCUCCUGAGGGCUCUACCUACCCUUAAAUCAUCACUACGAACUUCAUAUCACGCCUUUAUAUCAAGAUUAAGAAAACAGAACUGCAAGAUCAACAAAAUCCUUUGAAAUGGGUUGAGAAUUGGCUGAACGGCUUCGUUCCGCUGUUGUUCGAGAAGAUGCGACUAUCGCGAACUACAAUAUGAUACACAAAGCUACCCGUCCCAAACAAUGCUUCGCCCUUCCCAUCCGUCUUCAUCGUAUUAGUACCGUACAUUCCUGUUGUUUGCUUUUCGUCACGCUCAUCAAAGAGAACAAACUUGCUGCCCCUCUUGCGCCUUGUCCUCAUUUCAAACCCCAAUCCCAACAGCUCGAGACAUGGCCGAUUCGUAGAGAUGAUGCAAGAAUAGACAGUUCAAGAUACCCAAAAAAAGAUAUGUGCGCAUAAUCGUCCUCCGUUCCGCCCUCAUGACAAAGAGGUCAUGUAUUCCCCCAUACGCCGCUUUUGCCUCCUUCAAAAAUGUAUCAGGAGCAGUUCAGGAAAUGAAACAAGUAUGUUGUAGAUAAUCAUCGCUGACAAAAGAAAUUGUUGAAUGCGCGCGUGACCAUCCUCAUGAUCCAGGUAUCCAAGAAAGAAAUACUCCAAAUCUCCAA